GCCCGUUCUCUUCUGCUGGCCCAGCGCACGCACACGGCGAGCUUGACGGGCUACCCUGGCUAGUCCCACUGCCUCCCAGUCUGCGACCUCCAUGCCUCUGCCCCGGUUGCUUAGAUGUCUAUGAACACGGCGCUGCUCCCUCACACUCCCUCCUCCGCCGUCACCACCCCCAGCCCCGUCACCGCCCAGCACCACCGCCAGACCUCUCCGGCCCGCCGCCCCAGCACGCACUCGCCGGCCUCAGGAGCGCCCGCCUCGUCGCCGUCUGACAGCGCUGCUGCCCAAGCCAGCCUGUCCGCGUCCCCGUCCACGGCGCCUGCCUCUGCUCCGCACACGCUCCACCAGCAGCCCUUCUCGCGCCGCUCGACCCUCGCCUCGCGCUUUCCGCUGCUCCGCAAGUCCAGCGGCUCCCACGCCCGCGCCAGCAGCACCUCGCACGCCCUGCCUGCCUCGCUGCUUGCCCCGGCUGCCCCGCGUGCCUCGACGUCGUCCUCCCGUGGCCGCUUCGACACGUCGACGCCAGAGCUGCGCUCCCGCGACUCCUCGACCACUCCCAGCCUCCGGUCCGCCCGCGAGCCCGACGCCGCCAGCGACCGCUCCAGGCCUGCCCUCUCCGCAGCCUCGACGCCGUACUACGCCCCCGACAGCGAGCCCAUCGGCAAGCUGGACAAGCUCCCACAGCCCGCAAAGGCAGCCAAACCAGGCGACAAAAAGAUGCACCAAACCUCUUCGCGGCUCCUCCGCAUGACGGACGAUGAGCGGCCGUACACCAGGGAUUUCAAGGACCUCUUCUCAACUUUGAUGGUGUCGUUGCCGCUCACCCCGCACCGCGUACGGUUCAGGAUGAUCGACUUCACCUUUACCUCCGACGAGGCCAUAACAAACCUAGGCUCGCUCAAGUUUUCGCAAUCCAACCGCAUGCCGGAUCCCAAAGAUGCUUCUCGCGUCGUUACUACGACGACCACCACCACUUUCUCCAUGGCCAAGGAGAUGGCCCGCUCCGUCUGCACAAGAUUUUACGAGGCAAAAUUCAUCGAAUCAGUCGAGGGCAAAUUCGACUUCAACAACAAGAGCUCUGUGUGGCAACUCUCGCCCAAGGGUAUCCACAUCCUAGAACGCUUCUGCGCACGCAAUGGCAUCCAGUCCACGCACGUCAAAGCUGUCAUUGAGUCCUCCCGGAACCCGCACCAGCUCGUUAUUCUCGAGCGCAGCUCGGACACCGACAAGCUGCACCACGACGAGCAGACGAUUGAGAUUAUUUUCCGUCGCUUCGUUGGAAACAGCGCCAACGAGACCUCGUCGGAUUCCGAUUCGAUUCAUGAGUUUGGCAAGUGCGACGUGGGCGUACGGACCAUCAAGCACAAGCCGACACAAAGCCGACCGUAUGAGCACACGUUCAACGGCAGAAACGCCGCUGAGUGGCUCAUGGAUUGUUCCACCAUGGUCGACCGCCGCGAAGCUAUUGAGAUUUGCUCCAUGUUCCUUCAGUUGGGACUCAUCGCUCCGGUCGAUGCACGCAACUCUUCCGAGAAAUUUCAACCUGCGAAGCAAGUGCACUACUACAUGACACAACAUGGCGAGCGUGUUGCUGGGUGGAACCUCAGCGAGGACACGACAGCGCCAAUAGAUUCAAAUGCUGCCAAAGCACGAGACGGCGCUGCUCGUGACUCCAACAGCAACCGCACGAACGUCAUUAUCCGCAACCCCUCCUGGCGCCUGCUGUAUCGCGAGUUCCUCAAGGAAACCAUGUGCGAAGAGAACUUGUCUUUCUACAUCGAGGUACAGGACUUCAAUAAUCAGUAUCGAGCAGCCGUGAAUGCCACGGGAGACAACAAAAUCGAGACAAUCCGUGAAACUCUAGCAGCUGCAUAUGGCCUAUACAAUGCUUUCCUUGCUCCAGGUUCGCCGAACGAGCUCAACAUCGACCACGCCCUGCGCACGCAAUUGGCCACCCGCAUGACCCGUGCUGUUGGUGACGACGCUGCCAUGAUGCAAAGCUUGGUAGAGGUUGCGUCACUCUUCGAAAAGGCACAGAACUCGAUAUUCAAGCUGAUGUCCAGCGACUCUGUUCCCAAGUUCAUCAAGCACCCAAAGUACGCACCGCAACUGCGCGGACUCGAUGCCGCAGCCGCAGCCGCUUACGCCGCCGCACCUGGCACCGCUGCUCGAGCAUGAAACCUGCAAGACUACGAUUUUCUGUUUGACGACCGCCAUCUAUGAUCAUCUUCGGCAAGUGUUCGCAGCGGAUGCAUUAUUCCCCCUCACUGCACUUCGGUUGCAUAUUAUUCUUAUUCGACAUUUUGACUUUAGAC